UAUUAUUUAUUGUUUUUUCGAUCCGCCGACCGUGCCGACGUCUGUAGAACGCGGACGACGUGUACGAUACCGCGGGACGAGCCUGAAUUUUCACCGUCUGCGUCGCCCCGUCAGAAUAAUCGGCCGAAAGUCGUCGUCGUCCACCAGUCCGACGACGGCGUGCACGCGCACAGAGACGCCGCCGCGGCUUUUGGUUCGUCCGUUUUGACGCGUGUCCGAUGUGCAGCAGCGACAACGCCGCCUCCGCCGCCAGUCAACAGCAGCAGCAGCAGUUCGAUCGUCACGUGGUACACACCCUCCACCCGAGGCCGGUCAUCUGCUGGUAAACAAACUGUGCACACACACACAUUUUUACACCGUCACCGUCGCCGAUUGUUCCUUUGCAAACACCACACUCGCACGCAAACGCACGUACGGACCGCCGCUCCGUAGUUUUUUUUCGCCGUCGUCCAAAAACCACACGCCCGGUGAACCGCCGCGACCGCUCCAUCGACCCCGUCAUGUCGGACACGGAUUGGACGUUGCACGCGCUCAAGUCCAUGCCCGGCAGCCCGACCAACGUGCAAUGGGCCCCGGACCACGACGUGACGGGCGUGAUCGCCAAGCUGGAGGGCCGGGAACUGGAGUACCUGAUACGGCAGAAGCGCAUCGUUAUCGGACGGAACAGCUCCAAGGGACAGGUGGAUGUCAACAUGGGCCACUCGAGUUUCAUAUCGCGCCGUCACCUGGACGUGCUGUACGAACAUCCCAACUUUUAUCUGACGUGCCAUGGCAAGAACGGCGUGUUCGUCGAUGGCGUGUUCCAGAGGAAAGGAGCCCCGGCGCUACAAUUGCCCAAAAGGUGUUUAAUGCGUUUUCCAAGUACCACUAUACGAUUGGUGUUUUACUCGUUAAUCGAUGAAAUGGCACCACCUCCAAUACUUCAAAAUACGCUUAUUCAAACACAAACCAGAACGGCCACUACGCCAUCUAGGAGUUAUGCCAAUCCUCUGAGCAUAAACAUACCCCCUCAAGUCAUAAAACAAGAGUCGUCUACAUACUUGUCAAAGGAAAAUAGAUUUAUGAGUCCUUUUCCUUCACCUACAGGCACUCUUAGUGCUGCCAAUUCUUGUCCAACUAGCCCUAGAGGAGGCCAUAAUAGACACACACUUGGGCCUGAUCUACAAAUGGCAGCGUACGCAGCCGCUGUAGCAAAUCCUGGUCAAAUCGGAGUCAUAGCUACACCGACGUCUUCUGCUAUUUAUGUAGAUGAUAGUAAACACCUAGUAAUGUCUAGUCAAAAUAAUCGAGACGAAGAAACUAGCCCAAUAGAUAACACUGUGUUUGAUGUUAGCAUUGGUAGUGAACAAUACGUUGGGGAUUUUUAUAGAAAUGGAACAUCAACAUCUACUGUACAAAGCUACAGUCCUCCAGAAACUGUGAUUCAAGAUAGGCCAGCUACUACUAUCAAUAACAACAAUAGUAACACUAAUUCGAAAUCCAGAGACGAAUCUAAACCACCUUACUCGUACGCUCAACUCAUCGUACAAGCGGUCGCCUCGGCCUCAGACCGUCAGCUUACUCUCAGUGGGAUUUAUUCUUAUAUAACAAAAAACUAUCCAUAUUACCGUUUUGUGGAUAAAGGUUGGCAAAACUCGAUCAGACACAAUUUAUCUUUAAACCGUUAUUUCAUAAAGGUACCUCGUUCGCAAGAGGAGCCUGGAAAAGGAGCAUUUUGGAGAAUAGAUCCGUCUUCUGAACAAAAAUUAAUCGAACAGGCAUUUCGACGUAGACGAAUAAGAGGAGUUCCCAGUUUUAGGCUACACAACACAUUUGGAAUGUCUUCAAGGAGUGCACCGCCGUCGCCUAAUCAUCUUACCGGCGGUGGUGGAGGCGAGUUAUCGAUUACAGACUCGUUAUCCCGUGAAACGUCACCAUCUCCUCCGGUUUCUUCGUCGGACCAACCGCAAGAAGAAACCACUCUCCCAAAUACAUCUAUUUCAAACCAAUCUAAAUCACCGAGCAAAAUUUCUCAUACAAAUGGUGUCCUUCAUUAUGUGUCGUCUACCGCUAAUAGCGAGAAUUCUGAAAUGCAAAGUCCUCAGCAGUUGACAUUUUUAAAGUCUAGAUUAGUCUUACCAGUGACGACUUAUAGUAAAUCGGCUAGACAUAUAACCAUAGUAAAUAAUGGACUUCAAACAUCUCAAUCGGGAAGUUCGACAAAAACUAAUUUGAAUUUUAUCGCUUUCCCACCACCACCACUUAAAGAAUCAAUGUUACCACAAGCACCUGUUAUUGUGCAGGCUUUAGACCAGACUUUUGACCCUUCUAAAUUGAAUCAUACUUUAAACAUUGAAAAAGCGGUCAACCAUCAUAAGACCGAAGCAGUCGAAGGAGAAGAGGACAUAUCUCAAAACAAUCCUACUCAAGGUAUAGAAAUAGAGUCUAGUGAUUUUGGAAUUCAAGACAUCCAUGAAGAAAUAGUUGAAGACAAAGUGACCGAAGAAGAAUGUGUUGAGGAGCAAAAAAUAAACGACGAGUCUUCUGAAAACCAAGUCAACCAAAGAGAAGAACAGAAAGUUGUCGACGAAGAAAUGGAUGAAGAAGGCGAUGAAGAAAUAAAAGACGAGAGCGGAUUUGAAGAAUCCAAAGAUGUUGCUGACUCAAAUUAUUCUGACAAUUUUCAAGAGCCACAAGUAAAACGUGCUAAAUUAAAUUAUUUUCAACAAGAAAUUAAUAGUGUCCCUUAAAGGUAGUAUAAAUAUUAUUAUUAAACAUAAAAGUUUUUAUUGUUAUAUAAAAUAUUUAUAAUAGCUAAAAGAUAUUUUAUUAGCUAUUUUCUGGAAUAUGUUUUUAUUGUACAUAAGAAUAUGUAUAAAAAAUAAGUGGGCAACAAAGUUAUUGUUAAAGUACAUUUGUUUUUUUCAAAAUUAAUUUAAGCCUAAAUCAAACAAGGUUUUCUUCUGUAAAAUACUAGUUAUUCUUUUGAUUUGCGUAAUAUAUAUAUUUUUCUGCU